GGAGGAGGAGGGGACCGGGGGACGCUGUGCGCACCUAGAUAGCUUGCUCCUGUAGCAUGCGGCGAACCACAGCAGCUCGCCUCCUACGGUACCGCCUAGACGCGCGACGGAGCGCUUCACACCUCUUCAGUGAUUCCUUUAACCAUUGAGCUUCAUCAUCCAGGUCUCUUAUGCGUCUUCGUGUGCGCAGAAUUAUGCUUAAGCGCCUCGUGAUUUUUAUCUUGAGAGGCGCUAUAGAAAUGAUAUUUUCUUCUUCUUCUUAACAUGCGUCCGAUUCUCUCUCCCCCCACACACCCCCCGCCGCCGUCAGACAUCUGGAACUUUUUCCUGCUGUGUGCACGCAGCCGAAAGGACAAGUUCCGGUACAAAAGUGGUGUGUCUGAAAACACAGUUCCGGUUAAAAACUGGAUUGAAUUGUCCGCAAAUGUUCCAGAAUGUCUAUCUGAAAAGGGCUUUAGAGGCGUGAAGAGAACCAGGAGGGAGCUGGGGACAAAAAGGCUGGGGCUACAACAGAAGACACAUAAAUGAGACGCGGACAAAAGACACACGAGGGCGCUUAUGAGACACAAAAUGGGAAACUAGAGAGGGAUGGAGAACAUGAGGAGACACAUGAGGGAAGACGCAGACCAUGACACUGUUUGUCUGAGGCGUUUUAGUCAGAGUUCUCAUCUGAAGCCGGGCAUUUGCCUUUUCACUCGUAGCAUUCAGCUGCAUCUCAAACAGUUCAAGUUCCUCGCAGAGCAAAGCUCACGAGUCAUGUUCUCUCACCGUAUGACCCGAUGCUCGGAUACGCCCUCACGGCUGGUAGCCACACGUCAGACCUUCAGACAUGCCGGGGUUUAUGGGUUGGAGAAGGAAGAUGAAAGAAAGGAAGUAAAGAGAUGUUUUGUCUGAUUCAGUGAUGUGCUGCUGCUGAAGAAACUAUCGAAGGCUGAGGAAACAUGUCAGCAGACAGACUAAGGUGUUAAAAAGAUGAACGCUCAGGAGGAGGGUAGACCAGUUUUGUUUUACGACAGUGAGUUAAAACGGACACGAGGAGAUGCUAAAUGCAAACCAAAACUGAAAAGUGUUCCUUUGAUAAAUGGGAACUUGAUCUGCCUUGUCCCGGAGUGUUCCCACUUCUCAACACGAGGCCCAAGCCCUCAAGGGCCAAAAAAAUAUAUGUUUUUAUCUAAAUAAUGGAAAACAAAAUAUGCUACUGCAAUUGUUUUAUUUGUUCUGUUCAAAAAGGCCUAAAUAAACGUUUUGUAAAAAUCUAAACUCAAAAAUGUUCAACAAGUGCUGCUGUAUAGUAACUGUCACCUGGAGAGACCAAAUAUCUCACUGAGAAGUGCUUGUGAGGGCCUUCGGGCCACACUUUGGACACACCUGGCCUCUUUCCUUGAAAUCAGGUUCAUUACUAUCAUCACAUCCACAAUCAGCGGGUUCCAUGAUUCUUUUGCAAGCCCAUGCGAGCUGUUCUGGAGAUCCAAAAAUUUAUUUAAAGAGCAAGUCACCCCCAAAUAAACUUUUUUUUGCUGAUAAACUAAAUAUACGAGUGUCUAAUCGUGCUGCAGACACGUGUCGUCAAUAAUUUGGCACUUCAGUGCAUCUUAGUUAAAAUUUAAAUAUUUUGCCUAAAACUGUCAGUGUUGUGCCGUUGUCAGGUAAAAACUCUGCACUGUAUUUUAAUUUAAAUCUGCCACCGCUAUUGGCUAAGAGGUAUGCUAUGAUGUAAACUGGUACAGUAUGAUGUCACAAUGCUGUUGUGAGUCUGUGUGUGUGUGUAUUUGUUAGCAGCUCCGCCCUCUUGGUCUGCCAGGCAACAGCAUUUGUUGCAUUUUUCAAACAUGAAGUGGGAGUGGAGUUAGACUCUGGUAGGGGUUGACUUGCUCUUUAAUACAUUCCUCAACAUGCAUACUUGUCCGCACCUGUGUACUCACGUCCUUGUGAAACGCCAUCAGCAAUGGCCCAAGGACUCUUCCAAUCCUAAGUAUGCAUAACGGCAAGUUCGCUCAAAGUUCCUGGAUGUGUUCUUGCUCCGCCCAUUGUAUCGAGGACGCAUCGGUGCAUCCUUCUGUGGACUUGGGACAGCAAAGUUUAAUGCAUGGCGCCGCUAACCGUUAAACUCCGAAUGUCAGAGGAGAAAGCUAAUAACUGUAAUGUUUAAUAUUAGAAAUGAAAAUAAAAUAAUAUAAUGUUGUCUGUUAUUGAAAAUAAUCGUGUGUAAACUGUAAAUUUUCCUGUGUGUAUGGGUUUCACUCUCACAUCCUUCACAAUGCAAAUUAGCUAACCCACUAUCAAAAUAAAAGCACUGUAGCUCUCUUCUGAUGAAAAAUACACGUAUUUUAAUCACUGACGAUCAGGAAAUGCUAGUAUUAAUAGUUUUGAUCAAAAAUGGGCCAAAUAUAAAAUAAAUAAGAAGUUUUUAUUGUUAUUUUGUCAUUUAAUGGAGAAACUAGACUUUUAUUUUAAUGUCAGGUCGUUAUUGUAACUGUACAAAGAAGCAGCACUUGUUGCCAGGACACAGCGGAGUACGGUUCUGUUCCAAAUACCGUCCUCGUCCUCCCGUCCUCGGUAGAACAGACGUUCUGACGUCCUUGGUAGGAACAUACUUGUCUGGAACAGAAGAACGAGCUAGCAUCCUUGAAUAUUGAGAAACAGAGAUUUUUGUGAAUACGCUGUAAUCGACUGCAACAUAGAACUUAUUUAGAUUUCUAAAAUUUAAAAGUAAAGUAAACAAUGCUGUUUUUUCUCUUCUGGCACUGGGGAACUAUUUCCUGCUGGAAAAUUGAGAUGUUUGUGACGUCUAUGUUGAUCCUCCUGCUGCUGUCGUCUGAAUCACGGAGCUACGAGGCUCCUGGAGAUAAACAGGAUGUCUUUGCCAGCACAGCCUGCCCGGCAUUCCUGACCUUCACAAACGCCGCCUACCUGGCCGGAGUCACCGUGGAGCUGCCCUGCUACUGCAAGCCUCAGGAGGUCCAGUCUGUUGUGUGGUUCUUCCAGAAACGCGGCUCGACUGAUACUAGAGUCCUGUCGGAUCACCAAGGCAACAGGCUGCUGGACACGAGUCACAUCCCUCAAAGCAGUGACCUUCACAGUCGAUUCACCAUCCGGCUCUUCAGCCUGCUGAUCUUCAGAGUGGGGCCCGCCGACUCCGGACUCUACAUCUGCGGCUCCACCAACGGGGACUUCUUCUUUGGUUACGACCUGGAUGUUCAGGAGGCCCAAACAGUCACUUUGACUCAGAGGUCCUCUGAAGAAAGUGUGAAGAGGAGAAGGCAUAAGAGCAAAGCAUACCUGUACCAGGUCUUCACCAGCUUCCAGCCCUGGUCUGUCUGCGACCGCUGUGGAGUUCCCGGGGAGCAGGUCCGUGUGGGACUCUGCUACGUUCGUUCCCGCUUCCUGCAUGUGCGGUACAGACAGCCCAAUCAGACGGCCGCAUCGUGUGGUUCCGGGGCCUUGCCCAGAGCUUUCCAAACUCAGAUGAGCAGCCGAACGGGGGCCAGGUUGGAGAUCAAGAGCUGUCAAGUGACUUGUCCAACCGAUGCACCCCCUCCCUCUCAGCUGACUGCCUUGAAGGAAUUUCUGGGGUAUAGUUCUGACUCCCUGCCAGUGCCGGUACCCGUGCUCUUUCUGAACCACCCAGCUGACCGAGACCUCGUCCUGGAAUGCCCCGGGGCACGUCCCAACACGGCUGUGGCCUGGGAUCAUGGAUCAAAACCAAUCUACAGAUCAGAACACCUGCCAGGUGGUAACAGUAGCACCCCCCCACCCAGGCUGUGGAUAGAUACAGGACAUCACCUCGUGUUCCAACCAACCAAAGCGCAGGACUCAGGAGUCUACUACUGCUGGCUGGAAGGUCACCGUGCUGCCGAGAUACAUCUGCUGGUUUAUUCCCAUUUGGGACGAGGCCAGUCGCUGUUGUCACAUCCUGACUUCCCAGCUGCCGUUCAGACGGUGUUAAAGUCCUACGCCGCCAUGACCGCUCUGUUUUGUCUGCUGUUAUUUUGCAGAGCCGGGAUCAAACACCUCACAGAGGACGCAACACACAGUGAUUAAACCAAAUGAAAUGUAAUUCUCUCUUUUUGAUUCAUGAUGGAUAUGCUGAAGACCAUCAGGAAGGAUUAUUUCCUCCAAAAACUAAAAUGAAGCAUUUAGUAUGAGAGUGUCGGUGGGCUGCAGUGCCUCCAUGUAGAAUUAGAAUGAUCCUCUUUUUUACAUGCAUGUGUUGGAUUUCAUUACUGAGGAAGACAAUUAGAGCUGCUGGGAAAAAAGAAAAGAAAAUGAUUUCUGACUUUUGACUUCUGACACUAAAGUCAAAAUUCAAAUUCUUUAUUAUUUUCUUCAUUUUCUUUUGAAGGACCCUAAUCCUCUUUCAUAAAUUACAGAUUAUGGCCAUUUCUCAAUAUGCGUACUUGUCUGUACUUGUGUACUCGGGUCGUUGUGAAACGUCAUCAGCUCUGACCCAAGUACUGUUACAAUCCUAAGGAUGUGUCAUGGCGGGUAUGCUCAAAGUUCCUGGAUGUAUUCUAACUCCGCCCAUCAUAUCGAGGAUGCAUCCUUCAGCAGACCUGGGACAGCAAGGUGUCCCAUAAUGUGCCGCAUCACCAACAGUUAUAUCCUGAACGUAAAAUGUCAGAAACGGCCCAUGUCCAUGAAAGCAGUAGCUGUGGCAACACUAGAAACUUCACCAAGUUUCACCAUCUUUGUCAAAAACAGAAUGUCUUCUGCUCCGUUCAGAUCAGACGGACAGGAAAUGGGUCAUUCAAGCCAAGCUAGUUCUGUAACUGUGUCCAGGAUAAGAAACCUGGAAUGAAACUUGAUCUCAUUUUCACUGAUGUUUCGUUUCGUUUUAUUGAGAUCCUCAUUAGCUUCUGCCUAAGUGCAGAUGCUAGUCUUCCUGGGGUCUCAUACAUUUUCAUACAAUAGUUUACAUAAGAUAAUACCCAACACACACACACACAUUCACGCACACACAUCCCUAAUUCACAUAAUACCAGUAGCUCAAGAUGAAAUCACAUAUCUAGAACAAAAUUACUUAUAUAAACUAAUAUCGGGAAAGGAGUUAAUCAAACCAAUAAAGAUUAAAAAUAAAAUAUAACAGAAUGGUGACAUCAUGUCCAUUGUUUCGUUCAUCGAUAUCCAGUAUUCGACCUCAAACCCAGAUUCUCAAUCCUUCGUUGCAGAGUUCAUAGUCACUAUACAAUUAAAUGUGUAAACAAAAAAAUUUUCAGUUUCUUCUGAAAAGAAAUGUUAUUACUUUCAAAAAUUAAAAAUCUAGGUAAUGCAUUCCAUGCAAUCAUAGCUUUAUAGUGAAAAGAUGGUUGAAUUUGAUUUGUUCUACUGCGUGGUAAAACACAUUUCAUCUCAUUUAUCUGUCGUGUAUUUUAAGUAUGAUUAUCUGAAAAAAACAAUAAUUUGCCAUAUAUAAUUUUUGGUGUUUUUGUAAUUAUUAUUUUCCUCACAGUUGUUACCAAGAUGUUUUCAGUCCUUUUUCUUCUCUUAACUCUCACCUAUUAUUUGCAGCUGUCUCACUCUACGCAGCCUCUCUCCUCCAUCGAUUAUGUGUCAAUUGUUUCUUCAUCACUUCUCUAUUUCCUUUCCUUCUGCCUGCAGACAUGCAGCUUAUCUGUUCGUCUGACGUCACUCAGAGCCAGCUUUAUGAACAAUGAUCAAUCAGAAAGGAAGGUUCUCUCAGGGCAGUUGUUCUCAUUUUCUGUUGGAAUGAAGAGAAAAAGGCAAUAACCACAGUGUUGCUCCUGCAAUGUUCAAUUAUUUCGUAUUUCUGCUUCUUAACAAAUUUACAACUACGUUUAACAUUUUGAUAUAGAAUACAACAUGAUACCGGUAAUAAUUGUCUAUUGGUUGGAUAAAGGUUGAACUAUAGAGAAGAAGAAGAUAUCAUUUCUAUAGCGCCUCUCAAGCUAAAAAUCCUGAGGCGCUUCACAAAAACUAAACAUGUAAAAAUAUAAAAAAGCAUUUAGAAAAUGUUUUAAAAUAUAUUUUACAUGAGCAAAAAUAGACGAUUGUGAUUAAAAAUGCAAAGAAAGAGAGAGAGUGAACAGGAAAGAGGGAAACCAGUGGAUCCUGAGGAAGGUGGAAUAGGUGGGGAGAGCAGAAUAAAGAGAGAGAGGUGAAGAAGGUCAUACAAAAGCCAGCUUGAACAAGUGAGUCUUCAGCUGCUUUUUAAAGGAGACCACUGAGUCCACUGAUCUCAGGCUCAGGGGGAGAGAGGUCCAGAGUCUGGGGGCCACAGCAGCAGAUGAUCUGUCACCUUUGACCUUUAGCCUGGUGCUGCACAACCAGUAGGCUUUGAUCACUGGACCUCAGGGGCCUGCUGGGGGUGUAGGGACUAAGAAGAUCACCAAUGUAAGAUGGUGCUUGUCCAUGUAAGGCCCUAUAGACCAGAACCAGGACCUUGAAAUGAACCCUGAAGUUGACUGGCAGCCAGUGAAGCUGGAGGAGAAGCGGGGGACAGAGGACAUUCACUCCCAACUCAUUAAUACAUGCAAUGAAACGUUAUUUAUCCUUGGUAGACCAAGUUUGCAGGGAGAAGCUAGGGAAUGUUUUUAUGUUGUCUUUAGCUGCAACAAUCAAAAAGAAACCAUCAUUUUAAUCUGAUUUUUCUAACCUGGCUUGUGAGUGGUAAGCUUCCAUUUGCAAGUCAUGCUAAUUAGAGCUAACGUGUUUUUUUCUAACACAAACUCGGCACACUUUCUCAAAGUAAUCCCCUUUUCCCCUAGCAGCCACACGAGGCUGUUUAGCUGCCCUUUGUCACGUUCUGGUUAGGAGGAGUAGGACCCAAUAUGCAGAGCACCAGACGACAUGAGGCAGGAGUUGAUAUAAAGUAAAAGAAUCCUUUUAUUGUAGGAUGAACAAAAAUAAAUCCAAAGGCAUGGAGCCCAAAAUCCAGAAACCCAAAAGCAGGAGAACAAAGCUCAAUCAGAGCACAAACUGGGGACUAGACAGGAAGCUCACACAGAGCACCAAAGAACAACGCUGACAAACAACAAUGGACCGACAAGAACAAUGAGACAAGGAGGGCUUAUAUAGACAGGGAGGAGCAAUUAGGGAAACAGGAAGCAGGUGUGUGGAGUGAGGCUGGAGGGAAGGCAGGUGACAACAAUUAUCUGGAUGGGGAAGAGAACCAGUGGAGGGCAGAUAAACCUAACACUAUAUGAAACACAAAACUUAACCUAAAGACUAAGGGAAGGACUCACACAAACACACACACAAACUCAUACACACAUACAAUGAACCGGGGAACAAGAGGCUGGGGCUACAACUUAAGACACACAACAGAGAUGCAGACAAAGGACACAUGAGGGCGCUAAGAGAACACAAAAGGAGAACCUGGAGUGGGAACUGGAGGAGCUGGGGAACAAAGGGACACAGAACAUGGCACACUUGGGAGUGAUGCAAGUCGCCUGAGUGAAAUUCACUGUUGAAUUCAAGUCAGUUGGUGUAAAAGUGUGUCCAAUUCUGACUUAAUGUAGACACACAGUUAGGUAACACUAGCAUAGCGUAUGCAGAUGUAUGUUUAGGGAUUUUACAGGGGCACAAACAGGAACAGGGACCAAGGGUAAUCACAAGUCAUUCAUGGGGAUUUUGUACAGGGAUGCUUAGAGAUACAUAUGAAGGUAACUCUAGGUAAACCAACACAUUCUCACACCCAAAGCAUCGAAAUAUGACGAUCAGGGUGCCCCAGCACAUCGGGAGAGGACGCGUCCGUGACACGGACAUUAUUCCUCGAACCUCUCGCGAUUUAACCUUCCCCUCACCCCCGUCCUAACCUUAACUCAGUAAUUUUCAAUUAAGCUUUGCAUGCGCAAGCUGGUUAAGGUUAGAAUGGGGUUGAGGGGAAGGUUAAGUAGAUCACGACUCGGUCAAAUGUCCGUGUAACCGCAGGCGUCGGAUACCGACACUCUGGGACAGCGCGUCCUCUCCUGACGUGCUGGGGCACCCUGAUCGUCAUAUUUCGACGCUUUGGGUGUGAGAAUGUGUUGGGUAAACAUAAGUGUGUAAAGGGUGAGAACAGGGUAAAUAGGGGGUGUGUUUGAGAACACAUACCACCUUCAGGUAAUAACCUGAGAAGAAUCUAGUCCCACCCUGUAAUGGGGUUACUACCUUUCAGAUAUGAAAAUAAGUUUUUUUUUGUUGUUUUUUUUUUAUGUUUUAUUUUCAUUUAUUGACAUUAAAAUGAAAAUACAAUCAGAACUAAAUUGCUGCAAGCCAAAAUGAAAAAGGGGACAGAAAGAAGAAAAACUUAUGUUGUCUGCCCCUUUUAACUAAAAUAAUAUUAAUACAAAUGAAAUAAUCACAUGAUUCUUAAAGAAAUUGAACAAUAUAGUUCCUGGACCUGUUGGCCGACAAAAUCUCAACCCAUGAAUUUGAGAAAAAAAAUAGAAAAAGAAAACAAUUUACACAGAAAGAAGCAUUAAGUUACAGAUCUAUAUACAUACAUAUGUACACAUACGAAUACAUACUAGUUUUUUUUUUCCUUUCAUCCCCCCCACCCCCCUCCCCUCACACAUUUAUGUAACGGAUCUAUAUAAGUUAAUCGUUUUAUUUUUUAUCUCUUUUUUGAAAGUCAAUAUUGUUUUUGCAUUCUUGAGUUCAGUAUUCAAUUUAUUCCACAGUUUAACUCCAUAUGUGGAGACACAAUGUUCCUUUACGAGUAUCCGAUGUCUAGGUAUGUUAAAUAAUUCAUGUCCCUUUAAAUCAUAUUUGCUAUGUCUUUUUGUAAAUCGUUUAAUUAAUCCUGCAGGUACGUUCCUUUUGUUUGCAUUAUACAUAAAUUUUAAAAUAUUGUUGUCCACCAGAUCGUAGAAUUUUAGUGUUUUUAAUUUAAUAAAUAAUGGAUUGGACGGAUCUCUGUAGUUGCUCCUUGUGAUUAUUCUGAUUGCUUUUUUCUGUAAGAUGUAAAUGGAAUUUGUGUAAGUUUUAUAUGUUGUUCCCCAGAUUUCAAUGCAGUAGUUCAGGUACGGUAUGAUCAGUGAGUUAUAUAACAAAUAUAAUGAAUUAUUGUAAAGCUACCCUUUAGCUCUAUGUAACAGUGCAACAGUUUUAGAUAUUUUAGUUUUGACACUGUUUAUAUGUAGUUUCCAUGACAUUUUUUCAUCAGUGAUGACUCCCAGAUACUUGACUUCUUUAACUCUUUUAAUAUUAAUCUCAUCUAUAUUUGAUAAAAUUUCAUCAUUUGAAUGUGUAUUACUAAAUAUCAUAAAACAGGAUUUAUCACUGUUUAAUGAUAGUUUGUUCCCAUCAAAACAUAGUUUAAUUUUUUCAUCUCUGUUUGUAUCACUUCUAUCAUCUGCUCAACAUU